AUGCCCUACAGAAAAGAUGUGCCUUACAUGCCCAGGAUGAUCAAACUCGGCACGGUUUGUCAAUUGUGCAAGGAGGCAGGCCGUAUGGCAGAUAGAAGUAACCGGAAUACGGUACCUCCAACAAGCAUUAAACCCAACACUGCCGACGGUUCUGAGGAGCAGCAUCAUCAAGUCACGAAAAUGCCUCCAGUGAAAUACCACCGGUACUUUGUUAACUAUGUUCUAUCAUGGGCCACACGGCCCUCCAUAGCACUAGGGUACCAUCGUUUUGCUACAAUUCCAAGAGGAGCCUUACAGCAGGCCUACGAGUUGUCAACUCUAACGGGUACACAAGUCAUGCUCCUCGUCGCGAGUGAAACUGGUCAUGUGUAUACGUUUGCGACUCGAAAAUUACAGCCUAUGAUCACAAGUGAAGCUGGAAAAGCACUUAUUCAAACAUGUUUAAAUAGCCCUGAUCCACCUUUAUCUGGAUCUUCUGGAGAUCAACGGAUGUCUGCAACUGGUUUUGAAGAAACUGAGCUCACUUAUAACAUAGCAGAUGAUGAACAAAAAGUUAGACAACUAGUGUAUUCGUCUCAUGGAAACAGUUUACACAGUGGAUUCUCACCAAGUGGUGCACAAACUAAUCAACACAUUACUUCACCGCACUCUCAACAUUCACAUCUUAUAGCACACGCAGCUACGACAUCACAAAAUUCGCAUUUAGCCCCGUGCUCAAGCCCAAGUCCUAUGCUUACUGGAAACCACUAUGUUCAAUCUUGUACUUCUCCACUUCCUCCUCAUUUGCCUUAUCAUUCUCAUAUUUCACAUUCACACAAUCAACGGUAG